GUGGCAAAGCGGGCUAGGACUGAUGAGAUGAAAUCCAUCGUCAAAGAAGGCAAACUUCCAUCGGCUCCAGUUGAAGUUUGUGACUGUCAACUUCCUGGAGAAAGCACCCGCGACUUCUCCCUUAGCUGUGAGGGUUGCACUGAUCCAACUAAGCGUACCGAAAUCCGGCUGGAGCCAUUUGGAGAGGACCAUGAAUGUGUAGGCUGCUUUGGAUCAACUUGUCCUGAGUGCAAGAAGGGUGAAUUCAAGUACGACUUCGUAACUCAGAGGGCAUACGAAACAUGCCAAAAAGGUCUGGUGAUGGAAACUAAAGGCCGUGUAGUCCAGGCCGAGGAGGGGGAAUCUGUCAGUAUGGUUUGUCGAAUCGCGUCUUACAGAGGUGGAGCCCCUGUGCAUACAUGGGAGGUACCCGACGGUAAAGAGGGCAGCCUCUACACCGUCUUUCGGGAAGCUCUUCCGACCAUACAGGCUGCUGGAGGCCCCUCGUACGCACCCAUACGCUCGCAAGUAACCAUAAGCUGGGACAGUGUGACUAAGGGUGACGCUGGUGUAUACAAGUGUCAAGCGGCUGGCUUAGGAUCCAACCUCACAGAGCAAUUUUAUCUCAUGGUCGGACGAAAGGGUGAGUAUACUGAGGAUUAA